AUGGUGCGCGAGAACUCCUUCCACGGCCUGCCCAGGCUCGGCCACGAUGUCACAGUUCUGGAUGACUGUGACACCGAGGCUGCGCUUGUCCUUGCGGCCUUGGGCAGUCACCAUGCACGCUUGGUUGUCCAUCGGCUUCCGCACCACCAGUCGGCUGUUUUGGAACACGGCCACUGCAUCACCGAAGAUGAAGUCGAUCGUGCCCGUGAUCGUGCAGUCGCGGUAGUAUUGGCGGUACGCGUGGGCGUAGAGCGUGUCUUGGUACCCAUCCAUGUGCACGUUGUAGAACACGGCCUUGUCGCCCGAAGCGCGGACUGCCACUGCCUGGUGCUUCUCGGGACCAGCCGUGUUCUCGAUGCCGAUGUCCUUGGCGAAGAACCCUUCGCCGACGGCAGUGUGGAAGGUCUGGGUGCCGUCGGCGUAGUUCUUGCUGCCAGAGAUGCGGGUCUUUGUGGGGCCGUCACCAAUAAUGGCAACAUUGUUGACGUGGCGGGGGAUGAUGACGGUCUCCUUAUAUAUGCCGGCCUUGACAUGACAAAUGUCGCGUUGCUCUUCUUAGGCAGGGUAUUGAGGGCUGCUCCGAUUGUCUUGUACUGCCCGCUACCGUCUUGGGCCACCACCGCGUUCGGCUUUAGGCUCGCAGGUGAUGCAGCCAUCAGUUUGCGGGCCUUGGAGUCCACGUACGAAGGCAUAGCUCCUUGCGCUAGGAGCCUGCGGUUCGUGAAGCUACCCAAGUCGAGGGAAGAUAAGAUCGAGGAGAAAUCCGUCACCAUGGCCAGUCCAUUGCUCAGAAGCUCGCCUGACGUCUUCAACAACUUCUUCAUCUUCUCGCCCUCUCCGACCUUGCUGACGUCAAAGUCGCUAACCUUUUCGAACGAGCGCCUGAGGUCCUCGAUCGAGGUGUCGAGAGUCUCGUCGCAGACUUGGAGGGCGCCUUUGGUGCGCUCGUCCUCCGCGGCCUUCUUGAAGAGGUCCGAGUUCUUGAUGGCGUCCUCGAUGUUUUUCACAGUGGACUCAAAGGCGGCCUUGAUCAGCUCCUUGGGGUCAGUGGAGUUGGCAUUCGAAAGGCUCUCCUCGCACGUCUCCUUGUAG